GCCGCCAUUGUAACGUUCAUCAGAUGACUGGAAACUACAUGUGGGAUGAAGCCUCCAACAAGGAGUUUCUGAUUGGGACCAAUCUUGACAGCCGGUUGCCUCUUUGGUGGGAUGGAUCAGAGCCAUUAUGGGUCACCCUGCAGAAGCUGGGAAGGAAAGUUUUCAUGUACUACUGGCCUGGCUGCGAGGUGGAGAUUCUUGGUGUCCGUCCAUCAUUUUGUGAGGAAUAUGUCUACAACCCAUCAGAGAAAAACCUCACAGACUCAAUAGAGAACGCUCUCAACGUCCUAAGGUAACAAAAAUUAACUUCACUUGUGAUGUACCCUGU